GAUAUCGACAGCCCCACCAACGACGAGGGCCUGCAGCGGGCCCUGCAGUUCGCCAUGGAAGAGUACAACAAGGCCAGCAACGACGUUUACUCCAGCCGGGUGGUGCGGAUCAUCAGCGCCAAGAGGCAGAUUGUGUCUGGAAUCAAGUACAUAAUGAAAGUUGAGAUUGGGCGGACAACUUGCCCGAAGCCAGCAACUGAUCUCCAGAGCUGCGCUUUCCAUGAUGCGCCGCAGAUGGCUAAGCACACCAUUUGCACCUUUGUAGUGUACACUGUUCCUUGGCUAAACCAAACGAAACUACUGGACAGUAGCUGCAAAUAA